AUGUUGCUCAGGAAGACAUCUUUGCAGCCAGUCUGCGGCGUCACCCGCUUUAGGCAGAGGCUCCUGCACAACGACUUCAGUUUGGAAGAUGAUGCCAGGCUCGACGCUCCCAUGGAGCUUCAGCUUGUCUUACUGCCGUUUCUUGAGGCAUCCCAGGACCGGGUCUCCGAGCUCUUACGUGCCGCAGAAUUGGGUCAUCUCGCCAAGGUGGAGGAGAUGUUGCAGGCGCCAUUCGAUCCCAACGUAGCCGGACAGGAUGAUCAGACACCCUUGAUGCUAGCAGCGUCGCAUGGCCACGAGGAGGCCGUCCGGCUGCUUCUUGAGGCUGGCGCUGACAAGGAUCAGUGCGACGGUAGCCGGGAAGUUCCCCUCCAUGUGGCCUCGCGCAAUGGCCAUGCCGGCGUCGUGCGCUUGCUCUUGGAAGCCCGUGCAAACAGACAGCCUCAAAGUUGUUCUGCCACGCCCCUCCUGCUGGCUUGCUCAGAAGGCCACCUCAAUGUUGCAAAGCUACUGUUGGAGGCUGGUGCUGACAUGGAGCAGGGCAACAGCAGUGGGAAUGCACCUCUUCAUGCUGCAGCAACGUCUGGGCACACAGAAGUCGUCGGCUUGCUCCUUGAUUCUGGUGCCGACCGGCAGCCCGAAGAUCCAUAUGGAGGCAUUCCUCUUCUGCUAGCUUGUGUGAAUGGCCAUCUGGACGUGGUUCGUCUGCUUUUGGAGGCGCGAGCAGAUAAGGAUCAGGGCAACAGCUGUGGAGACGCGCCGCUUCAUGUAGCGGCGUACUCUGGCCAUGCCAAGCUUGUGCAACUCCUUUUGGAUGCCAGAGCUGAUAAGAAUCAGGCGAGCGGGUUUGACAUGGAGACGCCGCUUCAUGCUGCUACAGAGGCAAACCAUGCAGACGUCGUACGCCUGCUUCUGAAUGCGGGUGCAGACAAGCACCGAGCCUCCGGAAUUCCAUCUGAAACGCCUCUAGAAGUGGCACAACAGCGGAAUCUUGUCGACAUUGUCCACCUUCUGCGUGAUGAGAGCAAGGCUGAACCCCGAGUUCGCGUGCGAAAGCAUGGAUGCUGUUCUUGUUUUCGGAGAUACCGUCGAGGCAGCAGACAUCCAGCUGAAGCAUGGACAGACGUGUUUAGAUGGCCCGCUGUUCAUGACCAAGAUGCUUCAUAG